AAUAAUUAUACAUUUUAUAUUUUGAAGACAUUUUUACGCGACUUAUAUCUUGAUUAUAUUUUGUCUAAAAAUGAAAUAUUGAGAGUAGCCAGAGAUUUGACAAUUACUUUCAUAAAACUCAUAUGAUGAGAGGAAAUGUGGUAAACCUGAGACAUUCUAUAUCUCAGCAAAAAACCUAACCAUCAUAGUUCCACGAUUGCAAAAGAGGAUGUUAGCAAUAUAUCUUUUUUCAUUCAAAAUGUCACGGUAAGAAGGGAGUGUGAGUUCCCCACUCGUCGUAUACCUCGAGGUUGUAUAACGCGCAUUAUACCGUCGAUUUUCAGUAGUUCCUUGAGCGGCUUAUCUUGUUGUACAGAUAGAAAACAAUGUCAGUGUUUCUCUACAUCUAGUCAGUGUCAGUAUAUAUACAUUUCCGUCUCACUGAGCUUUUUCUUCGCUAAAGCUAUGCAACUCGAGUAUUUAUCGCUAUAAUUUUAUAAAUGAUAACAAACGUGGUUAUCAAACUUGUUUAAUUGAUACUGAAAUCAAUAAAAUGUUAUCAGUACUUUCAAUUAGAAAAAUGCGAUCUCUACGGAAAUUGGACUUGAAACAGUUUUAAACACAAUCCAUCGUAACGCAUAUAUUUUCUAUUUGUUUAAACACAACGUUGGAUGUAACGAAGAAUAUCCAUGUAAAGUGUAAAAUGCAUAAAGCUUACCAACAUCCAAAUAUUAAGAUAGAAGUUUUAUGAACCGUUAUCAACGUUAUCUGUCGGUGCGAUUUCAAUGAGAUUAUAAAGUGUAUAUGUACGAGAAUUGUUAUUCCUUCCAUAUGUCGGGAAAGCACAUUCUUUCGUUUUGUGUCAGUACUGCGAAAAGAACGACGCAAGGAGGAAACAUUUCAGUCGUAAAGUGAAUUGAAGAGCAGUGAAAUAUGUCCGGAACGGUGAAUCAGGCAUUUGAAAAUAAUGAAUUGGACGUGUUGGAGAAUGGUCAUCAGAAAAGUGAACCUAAUCAAAAUGUUAAUCAUCGUGAAUCACAAAUACAUCGGAAGACUGGAAAAAACGCGAUCGGGGCAUAUUUUUCAAAACACCGAAGAAUUUUCAAGAUUUUUGGCUUAAUAAUUUUAAAUAUUCUUAUUAUAGCCUAUAUAAUCUGCGCAGGUGUAUAUUGGAAAAAUAAACAAAAGGAUUGUGAUCUUCAAUGGUGCGAUGGCUACGGUUUACUGCUCGUACUUACAGGACUUAUUUAUCUCGGUCUGUUUUAUUUCUUAAUCAUAAAACGAUAUUUUGGAAAGUACAUCAUACAAUGUUGCCUGCCAGUAACGAAUUCCUUGGAGCGCUUGAGAAAUACCAAAUACGGACCGUACAUGGGAGGAUCCUUUUGCUUGAUUAUAUUAAUAGCUAUUAUUAUUUUCCUCAUUCUUGAUACUACAGAAUCGAGAUAUAGAUUAAUCAGUAUCCUUGGCAUUAUUAUCAUACUGGGAUUAGGUUGGUUAUUUUCUAAACAUCCGAAACAGGUCAAUUGGAGACCUGUUAUUUGGGGCCUAAUUUUACAAUUUAUACUUGGACUCAUCACGAUUCGAUGGCCUGUCGGUCGUAAUAUUUUCCACUGCAUAUCCAAUAAAGUGGCCACUUUUUUGAAUUAUACUAAAGUCGGAGCAGGUUUUAUAUUCUCAGAAGAUCUAGUCAGCAAGGGAGUCUUUGCCUUCACUGUACUGCCCGUGAUCUUUUUCUUUAGUUUCGCGGCACAAAUUUUGAGCUAUCUUGGUGCGAUGCAAUGGAUAAUCGUGAAACUAGGAGGGGUUUUGCAAAGCAUAAUGGGCACGACGUUGUGUGAAUCAGUAAGCGCCGUCGCUAAUCCUUUCAUCGGAAUGUCAGAAUCUCCUCUGUUAAUCACACCAUAUCUCGAUCAAUUGACUAAUUCGGAAUUGCACGCGAUAUUGAGUUCAGGAUUUUCCACGAUUGCUGGUUCGGUAUUGGCUGCUUACAUAUCAUUCGGUGCAGAACCGGCUCAUUUAAUAACUGCCUCCGUAAUGUCCGCGCCGACUGCUUUAAGCUACUCCAAGCUCUUUUACCCGGAAACCGAGCAAAGUCUUACGAAAUUCGAAAAUAUCAAGCUCGCAAAAACAUCAGACACCAGUAUUCUAGACGCCGCUACCAAUGGUGCAUUAGCUGCGAUACCAAUCGUUUUGGGUAUAAUCGCAAAUAUCGUGGCUUUCGUAUCCUUCAUCGCGUUUUUUAAUGGGGCGCUCUCUUGGUUCGGCGGUCUCGUCGGUUUCGAAGAACUGAGUCUCGAGAUUAUCUUGGCCAAAGUUUUUAUGCCAUUAAGUUGGAUCAUGGGGGUUCCUUGGGAAGAUUGCGAGGAAGUGGGUACGUUGAUAGGUAUGAAGAUGGUGAUCAAUGAAAUGAUUGCUUAUCAGAAGAUGGGCGAGUUUAAAGAACAGGGUAGACUAUAUGGAAGAUCGGAAGCGAUCGCCACCUUCGCGAUCUGCGGUUUCGCGAAUCCAGGUUCGAUCGGCAUCCAGAUGAGCGUCUUCGCUUCUUUGGCGCCAAAGAAGAAGGACCAAGUUACGAAAGUCAUUAUUCGGUCCUUCCUUGCUGGCAGCGCCGUCUGUUUCCUCACAGCCUGCGUCGCCGGUAUGCUAAUCAACGACGCAACAGUCUUGCCUUCUACAAACGUUAUUGUAUCAACAAUUUCGAACACAUCAGUGACAACGCUAAGUACUCCGUUAAUUUAAAUAAAAAAAUUGCAUUUAAAUUACGAAUUGCGGAAUAGGAAUCCUAUUACAGAGACAUUUAAUUGCAAAAUUCAAACAUUUUGAAUUUUUGCUCAUAUCUACAACUGAUUAAAAAGAAACGGCAAUCUCAAAGACCAUCUCUUGUUAAAUAAUUAUAUGUUGAGAAAGAAAAAGACACAACUCCAUUAUAGUAAUUUUAUCAGUAAUAAAUUUUUAUACAAUACUGUCAUAGAAACAUCUAAAUUACUUAUAAAUGAUAUAUAUAUAUAUUAUUAUAUAUAUAUGAAAUCAUUGGUUUUUCCCAAAAAUGAUGCGUAGCAAAAUCUUUUAUCUAGCAAAAAUCAAUUUCGCCCUUAUAGUAAUGCAUAAUACAAAAAGCUGAAAUGACAAUGAAAAUCACGUGAGAAGAAUCACUUACUAGUAGGUUAUUUAAUCUGUCACUAUUUGUACGUUAUCAGUAUAUAUAUAUAUAUAUAUAUAUAUAUAUAUAUAUAUAUGAUAAUUGUGUAAGUAUCGAUCGCGCGCAAUAUGGAAUACGUAUAUCCCUCCCGAAAAUGAGUGUGCUUAUUUAUAUUCUAUUGAUAAAUCUAAUAUUAAUUGCAAAAUAUAAUAUAUAUAUAUAUAUAUAUAUAUAUACCACAAUACGCAAUAAUAUCACAAUAUCUUGAUAGUAAAUGAAAUGUCGCGUGCGGUGCUUCGAGAAACUAAAAAUAUCGAAUAAACGUAUCUUUUUUAUCUUUUCUACGAUCACUUAUGGUAAAAAAUGCAUCUCGUAAGUUUUGUAAAUGCUGUCAAUGCGAUAAAACACGACGGCAGUCACGUCCAACAUUUUUUGCAGAACGUCUAGGUUUCGUUGAACAUUUUCACCACAGACCUGAAGACCAGAUACAAGUGAAGAAAAAAAAGCAUUCGAUCUAAUUCAACAUUCCCUAAAAAAAAGUUCUAUUAAUCCGUUUACCUUUUUAAAUAAAGCCUCCUUAGUAGGCAAAGUGUACAUGGCAACAACCGCCGCUUUCCUGAUCACCCAUGGAUGAUAUCUUCCCAAUGUGUCGUUAUACGCAUUCCGGCAACAAUUGCCCGUUUUGUCAUCAUCUGAGAGAUCUUCCAUAUGUCGCAAAAAUUCUCUAAUAAAAUCUAAAAGAUUGAAAUGUGUAUCAGCUGAUUCGGAUUUCUAAAUAAUAUCAACGAAACCGAUAAACCCACCUAAACCUCUAUUUAGUCGUAAUAAAGUACGUGUACCAUUAACAAAA